CUACCAUGUCCGCCCAAUCUCAAGAUUCGAGCACGACCCUCCAGCUGAUUACAGCUAAUGGCUUGCGCAGAUCGGACCCCGCGGCGGCCGAAGCAAGCUAUCGUGCAGUACUCUCCAAGCAAACCACCGAUGAGCAGGAACUCAAGGACCAGGAGAUGGCUCUCCUCAAGCUGGGCUCAUUGUAUCGUGACGAAAAUAAGAUGAGCGAGCUGGCGCAGCUUGUCGUUGACUCGCGCGGGUACAUGUCCACUGUCGCUAAGGCCAAGACAGCCAAACUCAUUCGAUCUCUGAUUGACCUCUUUCCUCCCUCUGCUCGGGAGCUUCAGAUGAAGGUCACGAGCGAGAACAUCGAAUGGGCGCGGAAGGAGAGGCGUGUCUUCCUCCGCCAAAGUUUGGAGAUCAAGCUCGUUGCUCUCCACAUUGACGCCCAUAACCAUCGCCAGGCUCUCAGCUUGACCGAGGACCUUCUCAAGGAGCUAAAGCAGCUUGACGACAAGAUCAUCCUCACAGAAGUCUUCCUCCUGGAAUCGCGUGCUGCCCAUGCUAUUCAGAACCUUCCGCGCUCAAAGGCCGCUCUCACUUCAGCACGCACAGCUGCUAAUUCCAUUUACUGCCCUCCCAUCCUCCAAGCGCAACUCGAUUUGCAGGCGGGAGCUCUGAAUGCGGACGAUAAGGAUUACAAGACCGGCUACUCGUACUUUUUUGAAGCCUUCGAAGGAUUCAUUCAGGUUGACGAGAACGAUUCCAGGGCCCUCAGUUCUCUCAAGUACAUGCUGCUCUGCAAAAUCAUGAUGGGGCUUCCCGAUGAUGUAGCGGCCCUUCUGACAAUGAAGUCAGCCGCACGCUUUGCUGGCAAGGAUUUGGAUGCCAUGAAAGCUGUGGCGCGUGCUCAGACCGAGCGAAGUCUUGAGAUGUUCAAGAGAACUCUCCAAGACUAUCAGGAUCAACUCCACAAGGAUCCCCUCAUUCGAUCUCAUCUCUCUGCCCUGUAUGACACCCUUCUGGAGCAGAAUCUUCUCCGUGUCAUCGAGCCGUACUCGUCAGUCGAGUUGUCGUGGAUUGCCCACGAAGUCGGUCAAGGGCGAGACGUCGUCGAGGAGAAACUGAGCCAAAUGAUCUUGGAUCAGGUGUUUUUCGGCGUUCUGAACGAGAAGGCCGGGACGCUUGAAGUCUUCGGCGAGAUGCAGUCUGAGGGCCUUCUUAGUGGGGCCUACGACACGAUGAAGCAGAUGGGGAGCGUUAUCCAGGCUCUGUAUGAGAAGGUAAGUUUCUGCGUCCCUCAAUAA